AUGUCUGCGAGCAGGGCCAGGCAGGAGGGUGUGCUGCUCAUGACAUGCGAGGAUGAGAACCGAAUCGCUGCCCUUCGCUCCGCUGUUGGCUCUCGAAUCCGCCUCGAGGCGGGGGUGGAAGGGGUGAAGGUCAUCACAGGAGCUGCUGUGGACCAGCGCUCCUCUCUCACACCUUCCCAUCACUCUGUGCCGUUCAAUCCUCCCUCCCCACUCCCCCGCUUGUAUCUCAAUCUCUGCAGCCUCGAGGCGGGGGUGGAGGGGGUGAAGGUCAUAACAGGAGCUGCUGUGGACCAGCGCUCCUCCUCCUCCUCCUCUGCAGACGCUGCCGGUAGCGGUAGCAGUAAGAGCGAGGAUGAAGUGUGGGUGCAGGCACUGAAACCGCAACCUGUCCGAGUGCAGGAGGCGCGGCUGCCAGUGCUGCCGCUGCACGAGGCCCAGCUGGCCACGUGUGGGGCCAAGGCGCAUGCGUGCGCCAAGCUAGAGGAGCUCUCAAUCGCCUCCACCUUUGCAGGUGCUGACUUCUCCGUCCCUCGUUUUGCUGUGAUCACCUUUGGAGUAAUGGACGCGUCCAACCGCCGCACACUCUUUCACCGCCUCGUCGCCACCCUCAACACUUUCCUUUUUCUUACUCCACUCCCCCGUUCCCCUGCUUUUCCAGGUGCUGACUUCUCCGUCCCCCGCUCGGCGGUGAUCACCUUUGGAGUAAUGGAAGAGGCCAUCACCGCUUCCAACCGCCGCACACUCUUCCACCGCCUCGUCGCCACCCUCGACGACCCGAACCUUCAAGGAAGCGUCCUCGACAGCACCUGCGCCCAGAUCCGCACUCUCCUAGAGGAAUCCCCCCUCCCCCCCGCCUUCUUCCGAACCCUCUCCUAUAUCUUCUCCGCAAACGCUCGCCUUAUCGUCCGCUCGAGCGCCAAUGUGGAGGAUCUAGCUGGCAUGUCCGGAGCUGGGCUGUAUGAUUCGGUCCCGGACGUCACCCUCUCCGACCCUGCUUCGUUCGGCCGAGCCGUAGCCUCGGUGUGGGCGUCACUGUUCACGCGGCGCGCGGUGCUGAGCCGGCGGGCGGCGGGCGUGCGUCAGAGCGAUGCGGCUAUGGCGGUUCUAGUCCAGGAGUUAAUCUCCCCACCGGAUCUUAGCUUCGUGCUGCACACCAAGGGAAUCGGCACUGGUGCUGGUGGGGCUCUCGUUGUUCCCAGUCCACGACUUGCCAACAGCAGCAGCGGCAGUGGCAGUGGCAGUAAUGGGAAAGCCACGGGAUCUGCGUCUACGAGUGCUGUUGCUCCCGGCUCAUCUGCACUGUCGGAUUUCCUCUCUGCUGAGGUGGCACCAGGGCUGGGCGAGACUCUGGCGUCCGGCACACGUGGCACGGCGUGGCGCUUCGCUGUCGGGAAAUCCGACGGCUCGGUUCGAAUCCUGGCGUUUGCGAAUUUCAGCGAGAAAAUCGUGAUGGCGCCUGUUGCUGCUGGGGGCAGUUCGGGUGGAAGGAAUACAGGCGCUGGGUCGGGGGGAGGGGGAGGAGUUGUGAUGCAAGCAGUGGAUUACAGUGGUCAGCUGCUGUCUACGUCGCCUGAUGCUCAGGUGGUGCUUGCUAAGAAGCUCGAAGCUGUUGGGGCGUUUUUGGAAGACCGGUUUGGUUCGCCUCAGGACAUUGAAGGGUGUGUUGUGGGUGAUAAGAUCUAUGUGGUGCAGUCGCGGCCUCAGCCUUGA